UCCGUCUGGCCAGAGCAGCUAGGGCUACUUGCUGCAACUCCGUACACUCACGAGCCGGGGGGCACCGGGAUGAGGACGAAGAAUCAGACACCCCGAAGGUCUACUGGUGUAGCUCAGACUGACAGACGAGAGAGAGAGAGAGAGCAGCAAGAUUGAUUUCCUUCCAGGAACGACAGGACUCGAAUCUGGGUUUCCUGCUGCAGGGGCCUGUCCUGUAUCGCUCUCCACGGCUACUGGAAUCACAGCAAGACGACAAGGAACCGUGCAGAACCCACUGCCUCCCCAGCUGCCCAACUGGGAACAGAAAUAAAUGAGGACAGGAGAAGCAGAACCGAGGAGAGGAGAGGACCGGAGGGCGUAGAGUGGAGCGGGGCAGGAUUGACUUGGCUUUGGCUUUCCUGCAUGAUUUAGCCACCAGCACCAGCUGAGUGCCAACCUCAUCCUCUCUGCCGCUGGCCUUUUGGUGCCGUUGGGGAUGGACGGUGCUCUGUGAUUAACGGCCACUGAGCGCUGGUUUUUAUAGGGCCUCUCCUCAAUAUUGCUUUGAGCCACUGCCACGCCGACCGUCCUGCCAAAUCACAGCCUUACGAGGCACAAAAGAAAUUUAUGCCUCUAGACGCCAGUCAAGUGUCUGGAAUCGAUUUCGCUGAUUUCACACCAGUUGUAUUUACUGUAGAAAUGCAAGAGGACUGUUAACUGUGACAGGUUGGAGAGGAGUAAAAGAAUGCGAUCACCUCUGAUUUUGACUCUAUUUAAUAUUGUGUCACAGUGGGGAAUAUGACAGUCUCACACUGAUAAACGGAACCAGAGACUUAGGCCGAGGCUCAGAUCAUAAGCCGAAUACUAGGCCUCUCUGUUGUGGCCUGCUAGCACUCUGAUCAGCUGAUCGACGGGAGGCUCUUGACCAUCAGACGAGUUUUAAAAUACCAAACACAGGCAGCAUGCCUUGCUCACCAUUCCGUAUCGGGAGGCCGAGGAGAUUUUGGAAACAGGAUGGAGGGGAUCCUCGGAUCUCUAACACGCUAGAGCCUUCACUCUUUCCCACGUCUCCACUGCCGUUCAACUCCGCUGCGUUCCUGAAGACCUCAGAUUUAUUUGAAAUGAUUGAGAGAAUGCAGGGCAACAGAAUGGAUGAACAGAGAUGUACCCUUCCGCCCCCGCUCAAAACAGAGGAAGACUACAUUCCUUAUCCCAGCGUCCAUGAGGUGCUCGGCAGAAAGAGCCCCUUCCCCCUGAUCCUGCUACCCCAGUUCGGCGGAUACUGGAUCGAGGGGACCAAUCAUGAGCUGAGGAGCGGCAGCGGUGGAGACCCUGAGCAGCUCCUGUCUCCCACGUCGCACGUCAAACUGGAGAGCAACACCACCGCCAAGAUCUACAGGAAGCAGUUCCUGGGCAAGGAGCACUUUAAUUACUACACGGUGGACAGCGCCCUCGGCCACCUGGUGUUCUCUGUGAAGUAUGACGUCAUCGGUGACCAGGAGCACCUUCGGCUCAUGCUCAGAACUAAAUUGAAAACGUACCAUGAUGUGAUCCCAAUAUCGUGCCUGACAGAGUUCCCCAAUGUGGUCCAGAUGGCCAAGCUUGUCUGUGAAGAAGUGAACGUGGAUCGUUUUUUCCCAGUGCUUUACCCAAAGGCUUCAAGGCUUAUAGUCACCUUUGAUGAACAUGUCAUCAGCAACAACUUCAAGUUUGGUGUCAUCUACCAGAAAUUCGGACAGACCUCAGAAGAAGAGCUCUUCGGAAACAAUGAGGAGAGCCCGGCCUUUGUGGAGUUCUUAGAAUUUAUCGGCCAGAAGAUCGAGCUGCAUGACUUCAAAGGUUUCCGUGGAGGGUUGGAUGUGACGCAUGGACAGACGGGGACUGAGUCGAUCUACACCAACUUUCACAACAAGGAGAUUAUGUUCCAUGUGUCCACCAAGCUCCCGUACACGGAAGGGGACACGCAGCAGCUGCAGCGGAAGAGACACAUCGGGAACGACAUCGUCGCCGUGAUGUUCCAGGACGAGAACACGCCCUUCGUGCCCGACAUGAUUGCCUCCAACUUCCUGCAUGCCUACGUCGUGGUGCAGGUGGAGAACCCCUGCUCAGACAACGUGCUAUACAAGGUGUCAGUAACAGCCAGGGACGACGUCCCGUUCUUCGGCCCCGCGUUGCCAGACCCGGCCGUCUUUAGGAAAGGACCGGAGUUUCUCGAGUUCCUGCUCACCAAGCUCAUCAACGCGGAGUAUGCGUGCUACAAGGCUGAGAAGUUUGCCAAGCUAGAGGAGCGCACAAGGACAGCCCUGCUGGAGACUCUGUAUGAGGAGCUGCACAUCAAUAGCCAGGCCAUGAUGGGGCUGGGCGGCGAGGAGGAGAAGCUGGAGAAUGGCAGCGGGGGAGGGGGCUUCUUCGAGUCCUUCAAGCGGGUGAUCCGCAGCAGAAGCCAGUCAAUGGACGCCAUGGGCCUCAGUAGCAAGAAGCCGCCCACAGUCUCCACUAGUCACAGCGGAAGCUUUAUCCACAGCCUACCAGAGACCCCCAAAGUCCCUGUGCUAUCAUUGCUUGUCCCAGGGAAAAGUCCCAGUAAAUAUGGACGUCGAGGCAGCGCCAUAGGCAUAGGAACGAUAGAAGAGUCUCUUAUCAUUCCGGGGAAAAGCCCGACCCGGAAGAAGUCGGGUCCCUUCAGCUCCCGAAGGAGCAGUGCCAUCGGUAUCGAGAACAUCCAGGAGGUGCAGGAGCGAAGGCUUACAGCGGUGUGGUCAGAGGACAGGACGGUGCUGUGUGUGGCUCUGCCCUCUGUCAGACUGAGGAUUAGGAGGCUAAGCAUCGACCAUUCAAACAGGGAGUGCUCUCCAAGUACACAGAAAACCCCUGACAGCGGCCAUGCCUCCCAGGACCCCAAGUCAGACAAUUCCUCCAGUCAGAGUUCACCUGAGGUGGUCACAGCCAAGAACAGUUCUGCCCUGUGCUGCAGGGCGCCAUCCAUCCCGGAGGCACAGGACCUGUCACGCUCCUCGUCUAAUGCCAGCAGCUUCGCCAGCGUAGUGGAGGAGACCGAGGCCGCCGAGGACUAUGACACGGGCAUGGAGAGCCUGUCAUCUGCUGGGACGCCACAUAAGAGGGACUCAUUCACAUACAGCACAUGGCUGGAGGACAGCGGGAGCAGUACCAACACGGCCAGCAGGGGGAACUCUCCUGCAUCCAAUAGGAAUCAGCCUCCUGAGGCUGGGAAGGGCCCCGAUGCCAAGACAGAUGUUCGCAUCAAACUGGAACGACCACACAACCACAAAUCGCCAUCGUCAUCGAACUGCUAGCCUCUCCCACCCGAUUGCUUCAUGGAUGUCCUUCCACAGCAUUCCCAUAAGAAACACCCCCUCAAGGAGACAAGGCGCGCUCGAGUCUUUGCCGUAACCAAUGACGACAACGAUAAUGAGGAAGAUGCCAGCCAGCUGACGGCAUGAGAAGCCUGGGUAGACGUGCGUGUCCCCAACCUUAACCCCCCCUCAGGGUUAUCAUGCGACCUUGACACCAUGUGACCCUGUUUCCCCAGCCCUCAGUCGUCCCACUGGCUGAGAUGGAGUGGAGAGAGAGAGACCUCAUGUGCACUGUGCUUCUCUGUUUUUCGUCCUUUCCUUCAGUGGCCUGUUCAUUCCAUAUCAUACCUUUCUUUGCCUAAAUCAAUUUUUUUCCAGGGAUUUUUUUUAAAUAUUUGUUUUUUGGGGAUUUUUUUGGAGGGGGGUGGCUCUGUUCUUCUGAAAUGCACUUCCUUCCAUCCGGUCAGUCUUUGGGAUUGAUUCUCUCACAGUGAAUAUGCUGAUUAUUUAUUGUCUGUUGUGAAUUUUAAAACAUUGCACAGGGUAUGGUGAAAGAGUGCCAUUGGAUUUGCCAGAUAAGUAUAGAAAUGAGGGGAAACAGAUUUUCUUACCUGAAAGACAUGAAGGAAAUAAUGAGGUUAAACUAAGUAGAGUUCUUUUGCCAGCAUUCUGCUUUCUUGAGUCAACUUUAACUCAAAUACAUAUCUGCGAUGAUUAUCAAUGAUGUGUGUUUAAAAUCAUGUGUGAAUACAAGAUCAUGGUUGUUUGCGAUUGACUGUAACUGGGUAUGUUUUUGUCAGUAAGAUCACUGUGGCCAUAUGUUGAUAAGCUAAAUUGAAGUGUAUAUAUCAGCAAAUCGUGCUUUUCAAAAUGUACAUUACACUACAUGCCAAAUCCUAAUAGUAUCGCGCUAAAAUAAAACUUCCUUUGUGUUUGUGUGUUACUGAAUUAUUCGUCAUUCAAAGUAAAGACAUGAUGUUGCCUUAAAUAUAUAUUUAAAAUGCAGUUCAUAGAUCCUUAAAACUACGUCAAGAACAGGCUGUAUAUCAAUCCACUUUCCCUCAGUUUACAGAGAGCUGGAGUCACUAUUCAACGUUUAAGAUGAAGUAUACAUGAGGUGUUUCGUUCUCUGCAAAAUAUCAGAAGUAUCGUAGUGAUGUCUCGCCAUGGCUUGUCACACUGAUGAGGUCCUUUUGUGAUGCUGAAAAUGAACCAAAGGUAUAUCUGGCUUUUCCUCCUUUUGUACAAAACAUGAAACUAUUUCACCAUUCCUCUCUUGUUACACACCACAAUACACGCCAGUGUUUUAACAUGAACAGAUCUCGUAGUGAUCCUUCACAUGGAGGCUUCCCUGUUUUAUGUGCCAUCCAUUAGACAGAUUAUGCUAGGAUUAUAUUAGAUUUGUGUUUUAAAUGUUUUUUUGUUGUUGUUUUUUUGUUUGUUCCCGAAGACCUGCUACUUUUAUAAUGUAUGCCUGUCUCCUACAGGUUUGUGAAGCUUCUAGAGAUGUUGUCAUGCAAAACGAGACGCUUCUAGUGUGUCACUAUGUGCAUGUAAGCCUUCGCCAUGGCAACCAAACCUUAAACGGCCCUUCUCCACAGUUGAUAGGCUGAUAUGAAAAAAGAAAUACCUAGUUGUCUUGCAUACCAGUGAUAAUGUCACAACUGCCAAAAUACUAAUCCUGAGCAACAUGUGCAAUGUUAUGUAUGCCCUUAGAGCUUAUUUAAUGAAUUACUAAUUUACUUAUUUCCAGUCAAUGAAAUGAUGGUCCCACCAUUUACUCAGCUGAGAAGUGAUGUUGAACUGCCUCGCCAUUCAAGUCAUGAUAGUCCCAGUAAAUCCAGAUUUAAAAAAAAAAACUCCUUUGAAUGUAGCAGAUUAAUGUAUUGGUUUGUGAUGGACAUUAUUGAUUGCCCUAAUGCUUUAAUAUUGGACUGCCUUUGUGCUUUGUAUGCUUUGGUUAUCGUUUGUCUCUUGUUUGGAUAAUGCCAGAAAAUUAAAUUUUGAGCAUAAUGUCUCUGUAUACCCAGUUGCUUUGCCUGUCAACACAAAAGGGUCGUGCAUGCAGGCAUGGGUGACGUAAACCAGAGGUUAACCUCUGUGAUUCUGAAGUCCUCAUCUAUUGUAAUGUCAUUCACAAAAAGGGAGAUGGUGAAGAAAAACAGCUUUUAAAACAGAGUAUCACUGUUGUUGUUAUUGUUAUUAUUUACUGAAUUGUCAUUUAAUAACUAUAAGAUUUAGUUAUCAAAUGUGUCUGUGCCCUUUCAUUGUGAUCAACUUGUCUGUAAUUUAUGGAUCAUUGCCCUGUGUCUUGGAUUAACAAAGCACAACAUUCAUGAUUGUAAAACAGGGUAUGGUCAGGAUAUCUAGAAAAUAUAUGAAGCUGCCCUGCAUUUACUGCUAUUUGUGAUUUUUUUUCCCCCUGUAAAAUGUUGAACUGUACAUAGUGCUUUUUGUAUAUAUUGCAGACAAUUAAAAUAAAGAAAAGCAAGCAUAUGAUGAAAUUA